UCGCACAUACUUCGCAGCAGAGAAGGAAAACAGAGAGCGAGACCGAAGAUGGUGAACCAGGAGACCGGAUCGCACCGGAGCUCGACCGCCGUCGCCGCGUUGAAGCUCCUCUGCAGCUACGGCGGGAUCAUCCUCCCCCGCAGGCCCGACGGCCGCCUCCGCUACGUCGGUGGACUCACCAGAAUCCUCGCCGUCGAUCGCUCCGUCUCUUACGCCGAGCUGACGGUGAAGCUCGCGGAGUUCUGCGGCGUCGCCGUCGCGCUGAAGUGCGAGCUGCCCGGCGGCGACUUGGAGACGCUGGUCUCCAUCAAGUCCGACGAGGAUUUGGCCAACCUGAUCGAGGAAUACGACGAGGCUUCGCUGAGAUCGAGAUCUUCUUCUUGUCCUCCUCCUCCUCCUGGCGCGCCGCUCAAGAUCAGAGCCGUCCUCUUCGAGCGGGGACCGCGCAAGCAAGCCUCCCCGCCUCCAUCGCUGUCGCCGUCGCCGUCCGCCGCGUCGAGCUCCAGCUCUUCUCCUCGCGAGUCGCUAAGGCACGGGAUCUGCGAUUGGAGCUUCUCGCCGAGAGUCGCCGCCGGCGCCGGGUGCCGCGGCGGAUCUCCGGUGGUGAUCGGUCGCUAUCGCGGCUUCUACGGUGUCGGACUGCCUGGAGUUGCGUGCGCCGCUGCUCACUGCCGCCGCAAUUACUGCCGAUAGUGAAGCAGGGCCUCGUACCUCGUAGCAGUAAGUAGGGCCCAUGGAAAUCGAGGAAGUCACGGUUCAGCAGCGGUAGGAAAUUAGAAUCUUACAGAAUAGGGACAGAAGAGGAUGAUGACGAUGGAGGCUAUACUAUAGUUUUGAUUCUGAUUCGCGAGGGGGGGUGGGGAAGAUGCCCCUUCCCCUGCCCCCAUCCUCGUCGCUUUUCACUUCAUCUUUGUUCUUACAAAAUUCCGAAGGACCGUAUCUUGUCUGAAGCAGCAUCUGCGUCUUGUCGAUCCACCUCUCGUCGCUCGUUCCUCGCUCCUGUUCGUGCCAUGAUGGCACGCCGAAUCACCGAUGCUCGAUCCGCGCGAAAGCAAAAGCUCGGUACGUGUUUCGAAGCUGUGGAGGCUCGUGGGCUGUGGAUGGGACACGUGUAAGUGCUCCCCUCCUCGAUGGUUUUCCUUCGCGCUUUGCAAGACGUGGGUUUUCUGGUUUUUUGGAGUGGGGAAUCGGUUCUCAAAGUGACUAGGCAUACCUCGCACCGAUACGGAUACGGUUAUUAUACUCGUAUGGAUCGAAUACAUCAUCGUAGAAAGUGAUAACUAGCUCUAUCCAUUGCUCUG